AUGACCAAGGAAGUGGUGGAAUAUCUAACUGCUCUUGGUAAGCUGCACAUCGCAAUAACCCCCUCCCCUCUUGAUCCCUACCUACUAAAAAGUAUGUGAAGUGACAAUUGCUCAACUUGCUCUAUGCUAAAGCCCUUCGCAUAUUCCAAACCUGAAGUUGGGGUUAUCUUGAGGUAAAAUUUUAGUCUGAGAACUCUUUUGACCGAUAACCAGGAUCAAUGGAUAAUUCAGCUUUAGAGGAGGUGCUCUUCAUUGACUGUUGCCUUUCUUCCUGCUUUCCUCUUACAAUUUAAUAAUUAUUAAAGUAUGUUCUGCCUUGUAACUUUCACUUGUCAUAUCAUCAUUGGGGCAUCGAGUUGGUGAAGUGGCACACGACUAUGUCCCAGCACUAAAGAACUGGUUGCAUGAUAAGGGGAUCAAAAAUCCCCAUGAUAGUUGGCAUGGUAUGUAUUGAACGCAUAAUUCCUAAAUGAAAUAAUGGCUCAUGUUAGCUCUUUUGUAUGAUGACUCAGUUGAUACAAGUUACUUUGACGUUCUCAGGUUGUCCCUUAAUCUUUCAUUAUUUUGCAGGUGGAAAAGGUGUUAAAAAGGCCAUUACCAAAGUAGCUAGUGGCCUAGUCAGGGAUGAACAGAAAAUUUGGUUCUCUGAAUUAUCUGAUAAAGGUGAAGUAGUGAUUAUAAUCAACAUCAAAGUCGGCAUUGAUAGGAAAUUAUAGAACCAACUACCAAAAUUCAAUUUUUUUUCUUUCGUUUGUACAGUGAAGUGCACCAGAACACAUAUUUAUUAUGCAAUGAAGAACUGCAAUGGGGAUGCAAAUCAACUGAAACGUUAUAUGCUUAACAUCAUCAACCAUUACAAGGUAAUCUUCAUUGAAGCCAAGAGCCUUGGUUUGUUGUAAAAAAAUGUGUGCUUGAAGAAUUUCGCAUAGUCAUAGAAGAAAAAAGCAAGUAAACUGUUUGCGAUAUUUUUUUUGUAUUCAAAUAGGGUGAUCACUCUAAUUGUUAUAAAGAUUCAGGAAGAAGGUUAUGAAUGCAGCAAGAAGCCACUAACAAACGAAACGGCAAUUACUGCAUACAGGAAAGCAGUGGAGGGGACCACGGUCUACAAAAAUGCUGAAGAUUAUGCUCUCGUAUUAUCACAAUAUUGGUAUUUAUGUCCAUGGUAAUUAGAAAUAAUAGAUUCGAACUUUUUUAAGGAGUCUUAUAUGUUACUUCUACCUAUCCUUCCAGUGUCGUGAUACAUUUUGGAUUGAGACAUUGCACUUGGUGAUGCUCAUUUAUGCACAAAAGAGAAUCCACUUUAGCCGAGCAGACUCAUAUAAAAUGAGAAUUCAGCUGGCUAUUCUUGACUGGGUAAAGUUUAAAAAUACAAUAUUUAUAUUAAAUAAUUUUACUGUUUUUUAUUACUACGUGUGUAUGCUUCUGUGUGCCCCAGAAGUUAUUGCAGAGAAUGAAAUGCAAUAAUAUGUAGUAGUUCUUGUUUAUUCAUAUAGAAUGAGAAUGUGCUGAGAGAAACAUCUCCUCUUCAAUAUUACCAAACAAGUCGCUAA